UGCUACCAAACGGAUUUCACGACAAGGCUAGGGGCUUUUAAAGAGAUGUGAAGAAAUUAAUGUUCCUGAAAGCCAAUGAUUUCUGUUUCUGCUGGUGUUUGUUUUCACGAUCUCCAACCAAAAGUCGUUUACCCACCUUUUCAUUUAACACCACGUCGCUAUAAAGUCACUACGGGGCACUUUAGACACAUUUAAAGUCCCUGAAGGAGUGUUGCAGUGAUUUGAAGGCCUGUGGGUCAUCCGUCAUUGGUCCACAGGACCCUCAAGCAUCUUCGGCUCAAGCAGCCGCCUCCUUCUCUGCCACAAAAACGCCACACACCAUUCAAUCCGACGACUCGGCGGACUGCAGAUGAUCUCUUCAGGAGGAGAUUAAAAAAAAGGGAAAACUUUUGGCCAAGAGAGUGCAUCGGGAGUCUGAUGGGCGGUUAGGUGAUCUGGGGUAAAGUGAUCAUCGCUUGUGUAUGGAUUAUCGAUAAGUGCAAAAAAAGGAGCGCGUUCUUGGCAUUAGUUAUUUAUAUAUUCCUGUAAAGCGGCGGGGAUGCGAGAGAGACGCCACAGUGGCGAGGAUCGCCCGCUCUGAACCGGAGGAGUCACUGGCAGAUGAUGUCCCAAUGUGAGAGUGCUUCCAGAGGACACGAAGGAGGAUGAAGAAAGGGGGAGAGGGAUCGAGAGCGGCAGAGGUGGAAUAUAAUGAAGUUGAGUGGGAAAGGACUGUGCACCGUCUUCUCCAGCACCCUCCUCUUCGUAUGCGCCCUGAGCGAAGUUGUCGUUGGAUUAAGAUGCGUCUCGUUGGGAUCUACGGUGAGAGCGCAUUUCCACCUCGGCGCCGCGGCCGGGGCUUUCUACUCCGGGCUACUUGUGGGAAUCGGGCAGGUCCUGCUGGGUACCGCGCUGCUCUUUUGCAUGGACAAGCCCGGUUGCAGGAAUUUCUUUCUCCUCGGGGUUGUGGUCUUCUUGUUGGGAGUCCUCACCGCCUUCUCCGGGGCGGUGGUGGACGGGGACACGGCUUCUCUGGUGGAGAGGAAAUAUACCCACUACUGCUUCCCCUCUGUGGUUGUGAGCCCUGCCUGCGAGCAGCUGAGGGAUUACCAGCGGAGUCUGGUCGUCUCCACUGUUCUCAGCACCUUGGAGUGCCUCCUCGGGCUCAUCAACCUUGUGGUCAUCAAAAGGUACAAAACCGCGCAGUUUUCUAGGAACCGGCAGUCUCAGAGGCAGCGCGCCGGCGCGAUCCUCUUCAGCGAGGAGCGGGACUGCUCGGCGGAUUUACAGCCGGUGUCUUACAUCAACCUGGGUGUUUUUAAUGUGUUUGACGAGGCAGGUGCAGAAGUGCAGUGCGGGGGACACCCGUCAAUCGAGCUGCCGGGAUACUCGCCCACGGACCCGGAGCUCAAUCAUUGCUUCCCCUUCUCCUACCCGCUCCCCAGCGAACUGCCGCCCGCAUACGAAGACAUUUUCCCCGCUGAGGCAUGCAACACAUAGCCGCUCUGGAGCAGCCCCAGCAGCGCUUUUUUCCCCCCUCUGCUGUGACAAUCAAUGACUUUGUGCUUAAACAAUCCCCCCCCCCCCUUCUCCUCCUCUUCCAACACCCCCAACAAAAAGCAGUAAGUUUCACAGGAGGACAACAGCAGUGGAUUUUAAGACACCGGAUUCCUUCUCAUUCUGAUGUUUUCUAACAUAAUAAUACUACCUGGUAUUGUAGUACAUCACCAGACUGAUGGAGAAAGUGAUAGAGGCCCAGACAGCGCAGGCAGACCAAGGCCCACAACGCAACAGCUUGCCAGUAUAACAAAAGCAGAGUUUGUGUUUUGAAUGUUUGCUGUUAACAUUUUUACUUGUGAAUAAAAAGUGCAUUUAACCUCA